CCUGCUCUGCUCUCCUGCUCUCCGUCGGUGCAUUAGCCCAGCUGCACGGGGCUUGGGGCGGGCUGAGCGGAGCGCCUUCCGCGCUGAGGCACAGUUUGGGUUCGGGUGCCACUGGAGGAGAUCGGCGAGGUACUACAGGAGUGUGUGAAGGAAAAAUAGGAAGGAGGAGAGGAGUUAACACUCUGGACACGCGGAGGUCGCGGCAGAUGAGUGGAAGAAGAAACAGCGCGUUUGGAUAUUUUCGUUGGGUUGUUUUUGGACCGUGGCACUGGCCAUUUAACAACAUCUUUGGCACUGUAUAUUGGGCUUUUUAACGCACGGGGGCUUUGACUGGCUGACUCUUGUACCUUAGUGCCCACUGGGCUGGGUGUUUGACUCUAAUAACACUGGUCUGUAACUGGCUCUCUAGUACACCGGGCUGUGGAGUUUCUCUCACUAUGACCCCGCUGAAGGCGCGCACACCCCGGCGGGCUUCGGACAGACCCUGAGCCAAACAGGAGAGCGCACCACAGGAUCAGAGAGAGGAGAGAGAUAGAGAAAACUUCCCUCGGCUGAGGGUUGAAGCUGAACGCAGGAGAGCCGUGGAUGUGCGCUGGAACAGGAUGGGUCCACUAGCGUGGCUGUUCUUCUGUGGAUUACUGCACUUUCAGGCUGAUGGAUCCCGUCUGCGGCAGGAGGACUCCCCGCCCCGCAUCGUGGAGCACCCCUCCGACCUGAUCGUGUCGAAGGGCGAGCCGGCCACCCUCAACUGCAAGGCCGAGGGGCGGCCCACGCCCACCGUGGAGUGGUACAAGGACGGAGAGAGGGUGGAGACGGACAAGGACGAUUCUCGCUCCCACCGCAUGCUACUGCCCAGCGGCUCCCUCUUCUUCCUGAGAAUAGUCCACGGCCGCCGCAGCAAACCGGACGAAGGGGCGUAUGUCUGCGUGGCCCGAAACUACCUCGGAGAAGCUGUCAGUCGCAAUGCCUCGCUGGAAGUAGCAUUGCUACGGGAUGAUUUCAGACAAAAUCCUACAGAUGUGGUGGUUGCAGCGGGGGAACCGGCCAUUUUGGAGUGUGUUCCCCCUCGCGGCCACCCAGAGCCCACCAUCUACUGGAAAAAGGACAAAGUGCGGAUCGAUGAGAAGGAUGACAGGAUCAAGAUUCGGGGAGGCAAGCUGAUGAUUUCAAACACAAGGAAGAGUGACGCUGGCAUUUAUGUUUGUGUGGGCACCAACAUGGUGGGAGAAAGGGACAGUGAGACUGCCCAGGUCACUGUUUUUGAACGGCCCACGUUCCUGCGGAGGCCCAUAAACCAGGUGGUCCUGGAGGAAGAAGCAGUGGAGUUUCGUUGUCAGGUGCAGGGAGAUCCUCAGCCAUCUGUUCGUUGGAGAAAAGAUGACGUGGAUGUCCCCCGCGGAAGGUAUGAUACUAGGUAUGAUAAGGAGGACUACGUGCUGCGGAUAAAGAAGGCUUCAGCAGGUGAUGAGGGAACAUUCACCUGUGUGGCGGAGAACCGUGUGGGGAAAGUGGAGGCUUCAGCUACACUUACAGUCAGAGCUCGCCCUGUGGCACCGCCCCAGUUUGUGAUCCGACCGCGAGACCAGAUUGUGGCUCAGGGGCGCACGGCCUCCUUUCCCUGCAAGACCAAAGGGAACCCCCAGCCUGCGGUGUUCUGGCAGAAAGAAGGGAGCCAGAACCUGCUGUUUCCCAACCAGCCGCAGCAGCCCAACAGCCGCUUCUCAGUGUCGCCCAGCGGAGAUCUGACCAUCACGGGCGUGCAGCGGGCAGACGCCGGCUACUACAUCUGCCAGGCACUGACCGUGGCUGGCAGCAUCCUGGCCAAAGCCCAACUGGAGGUCACAGAUGUGUUGACAGACAGGCCUCCACCAAUCAUCCGCCAGGGUCCGGCCAACCAGACGCUGGGAGUGGACAGCGUGGCUCUGCUGAAGUGCCAGGCGUCCGGCGAGCCUGUGCCGACCAUCAGCUGGCUGAAGGACGGGGUCAGUCUGCUGGGCAAAGAUCCGCGCAUGUCCCUGCUGGAGCUGGGCAGCCUCCAGAUUAAAAACAUACGGCUCUCCGAUUCUGGAAUCUACACUUGUGUGGCUGCCAGCUCUAGUGGGGAAACAUCAUGGAGUGCUUUUCUGGAAGUGAAAGAGUCUGCUGGGGUUGUGAUGAUUAAGAACCGAGAUGAGAGUGAACUCCCUGGACCUCCCUCCAAACCUCAGGUCACUGACGUCACCAAGAACAGUGUGUCUCUGUCCUGGCAACCCGGCCUCGUCGGAGCCUCGCCCACAUCUUCUUACGUGAUCGAAGCAUUCAGCCAAUCUGUGAGUAACAGCUGGCAGACAGUAGCGGACCACGUUAAGACCACCCAGUUCACCAUUAAAGGUCUCCGGCCCAACACCAUCUACCUGUUCAUGGUGCGAGCUGUCAACGCGCAGGGCCUGAGUGACCCCAGCCCCAUGUCUGAACCAGUCCGGACACAAGACAUCAGUCCUCCAGCUCAGGGUGUGGAUCACAGGCAUGUUCAGAAGGAGUUGGGGGAGGUCAUCGUUCGUCUUCAUAACCCAGUGGUCCUUAGCCCCACCGCCAUUCAGGUCACAUGGACAGUGGAUCGUCAGAGUCAGUUCAUCCAGGGCUACAGAGUUUUGUACAGGCAGACGUCAGGGCUGUCGUCCCCAGGAUCGUGGCAGAGCCAGGAUGUGAAGGUGCCCUCAGAGAGAACUGUGGUGCUCUCCUCACUGAAGAAAGGCAUCGUCUACGAGAUUAAAGUCCGUCCCUACUUUAACGAGUUCCAGGGCAUGGACAGUGAAUCCCGGACAGCAAGGACCACCGAAGAACCUCCCAGUGCCGCUCCCCAGCAGGUGACGGUUCUGACGGUGGGGAAUCAGAACAGCACUUCUAUCAGCAUUUCUUGGGAUCCCCCUCCUGCUGACCAUCAGAAUGGCAUCAUUCAGGAGUACAAGAUAUGGUGUUUGGGGAACGAAAGCCGUUUCCACGUGAAUAAAACAGUAGACGCGGCCAUCCGCUCAGUGGUUGUGGGGGGUCUGCAGGCAGGGGUGUUGUACCGGGUAGAGGUGGCUGCAAGUACCAGUGCAGGAGUGGGGGUGAAGAGUGAGCCUCAGCCAAUCAUCAUUGGUAAGGACUUCCGAGAUGUGAUUGUGAGUGGAAACAAGAAUAACAGCAUCACAGAACAGAUCACAGACGUAGUGAAGCAGCCGGCCUUCAUCGCAGGCAUUGGAGGAGCCUGCUGGGUCAUCCUCAUGGGCUUCAGCAUCUGGCUUUACUGGAGGAGGAAGAAGAGGAAGGGCCUCAGCAACUAUGCCGUUCAGUCGUUCACCUUCACCCCUGCAGUGACGUUCCAGCGUGUUGACGGAGGCUUGAUGAGUAACGGAAGUCGUCCUGGUCUACUGAAUGCUGGUGAUGCAGGUUAUCCUUGGCUGGCUGACUCCUGGCCAGCCACUAGUAUGCCCGUCAACAGCGGCUCUGCAGGACCCAAUGACCUCAGCAACUUCAGUGGCCGUGGAGACGUGAUGCCCACCGCUCAGCCUGAUAAAACAGGCACCAUGCUGUCUGAUGGAGCCAUCUACAGCAGCAUCGACUUCACCACUAAAGCGGGCUUCAGCAGCCCCAGCCCGGCCUCACAGGCCACGCCAUACGCCACCACGCAGAUCCUCCACUCCAGCAGCAUCCACGAACUGGCUGUGGACCUGCCCGACUCCCAGUGGAAGACUUCACUGCAGGCCAAGCAGGAGAUGGCCAACCUGGGCUACUCUCUGCCUGACAAAAACUCCUGCAACAACACACUCCUUUUCAUUCCUGACUACCGAUUGGCUGAUGGAUUGUCUAAUAGAAUGCCCCACAACCAAUCACAGGAUUUCAGCACCACCAGCUCACACAACAGCUCAGAGCGGAGCGGCAGUCUGUCAGGUGGGAAAGGAGGAAAGAAGAAAAAGACCAAAGCAGGGGCCAAGCCCACCAAGGCCAAUGGCUCCAACUGGGCAAACGUCCCCUUACCACCCCCUCCUAUCCAUCCUCUGCCAGGCACAGAGCUGGAACACUAUCCCACAGAGCACCACGAAGGAGGAGGUUAUGAAAGUGAUGGCUGGGGUCCUCCGCUGCCCGUGCAGACGUACCUGCACCAGGGCCUGGAGGAUGAGCUGGAAGAAGAGGAGGAGCGUGUACCGACUCCACCCAUCAGGGGUGUGGCCUCCUCCCCUGCGGCUGUGUCCUUCGGCAAGCAGUCCACAGCCACACUGACCCCAUCACCCCGAGAGGAGAUGCAGCCCAUGCUGCAGGCCCAUCUGGACGAGCUGACACGGGCCUACCAGCUGGACAUGGCCAAGCAGGCCUGGCACUUGCAGGGUGGGCCAUAUCCUCCUCAGGCCCCCGCCCCUCCAGUGGGCUACAUGUCAAGCACCCUCGUGUCUGACAUCGAGACAGAUCUGCCUGACGAAGAUGAGGAUGAUGAGGAAGAAGAUGAAGGCUAUGAGAUGUCUCCGCCCCUCCGGGGUAUUGAGCAUACGCCAGGUUCCAGCAUGGACAACCUAGACAGCUCAGUAACAGGCUCCAUGGUGAAUGGUUGGGGUUCAGCAUCGGAGGAAGAUGACAGGCCCUUUUCCAGCCACAGAUCCAGUGCGGGUAGCUCCUCAGACGGCUCACUCUUCACCCACUGCAGCUUUGCCCGGGCGCUGGCAGCGGCCGCAGACAAAGCCGGCUACCGGCUGGACGGCACCAGCCUCAGUAAGAGAGAUAAAGGCCUGGCCCUGAGACCUCGCCCUGCUAGUCCGUUCUCUACAGAUGGCAGCACUAUGGGCACACACAGUCUGGGGCACCAGCGGGCAGCGCGACCCGCCCGCAAACACAGAGGCCCAGGCACUGCCCCUCACCGCAGGGAUGCCAGCGCUGAUGACCUACCUCCACCGCCAGAACCCCCACCCUGUCAGGGCCCACGUGUUCAGGGGCCGAGGAGCGUGGGAAAUGUAGGCGACCCUGUUGAUCGUAAGGCCUCGUCUUUGGAGAGGCAGCCCAUGGCCGGCCUGGAGGAGGUGAAGAGCUCUCUGGACAGGCAGGCCCGCACCUCUCUGGAGCGCCACCGGCAGGCCCAGGAGAGACUGGGCUCCAUGGAGAGAGCAGAGGAGGCUAGGAGAGCGCAGAAGAACGGCCCAACCUCAGAAGAGGCCAUGCUUCCCUAUAGCAAACCAUCUUUUCCAUCCCCUGGGGGCCACAGUUCAUCUGGGACUGCGUCCUCCAAAGGCUCGACGGGUCCUCGGAAAGGAGAGGGCUCACGAGGUCAGCACCAGCGCGCCAACACUGAGCAUGACUCCAGCUACCUGGGGACCAACGGCCAGGGACAGUACUCGGGAGAGUUAUAGUGAGCAGCCCUGUGUGUGAGCUGGAGAAUGCCUUUACCUGCCCUGGAGAUGCCUCGCCUGCUCUGUGCAAUGGACUCGUAACUAGUGUCAGAAGGAAGAACAGAUCGGAUGAAGGUGAAGACGAAAACGGCGAACUGUAAAUGUGAUGUAAAGACGGACAUGCGACCCACAGUGUUGAUUUGAUGUUUUCUGUCCUUUCGAGAACAAACAAAACACCUUCCUCUUUCAAAACCAAACCAUUCAUCCAGAGAAAAAAAUUGAAAAAAAAAAAAAAAGAAAAUCGGAAGAAUCAUCCGAGUCACCCAACGUUUGUGAACUGGAAAGGGGCAUCAUAUUUCCUGUAAAUAUAUUCUCAACAUUUGAAAUUGUUAUUGCAUUGCUAUGCAAACCGGUUCUGUACGCUCCACGCCCCCUUCAUGCGCUAUUGGUCAUUUGUAUUAUAUGUGAAUUGAUAGGCUGUGGUGCCAUACAAAUGAUUUUUGUUAUCAUUUAUCAUUUGUUAAUACUUCUCAUGGGUUUAAUUGCUGUUAUUAUUAUUAUUAUGAUUAUUAUAAUUAACUGUUUUUUUUUGCACUGCAAUUUUGGUGAAAAGCACAAAAAAACCAUAGCUCCCGCUGACAUGAAGCACCGGGGGAGAGGAGAUGUGAAAAGGAGUUGCUGUACUGUAACUAGAGAAAAGAAAAUAUAUAGCCAUGUACAGAGAUAUAUUAAAAUACGCCUGCGUCGGCGCGGGUGUUAGGAUUUGUGAUGCUGAAAGGCAAAAUUGCACGUAAGUUGUUGGCAGCGGUGGGGUUCUCCUGAGGCUAUGACAGAGGGUGGCACCCUCUCGAUGUUGGAAAUAUGCUAAAGAGAGAGAGAUGCUGACGCUUGGCCAGACAAUUGCUGGACAAGUGCAGUGGUGUCAGACCCCAUGCAACGUCAACGUCAACCCAAAAGUGGUCAUGUUUUCAAAACACCCAACUGUUCUUAUUCACCCCUGAGUCCUAUUCAAACACCUUGUCUUAUUUAGCCCAUUCGAAUGCGGGCCACCAGACUGAACUUCAUUUAGUGCCAUUAUACUUGGCCUGCCGCUGUUCUUUGUUGUUUACUUGUUUGUGUAUGUCAGCCUUGCUCCUCUGUGAACAUCAGUCGAUAUCUCACCAAUUCUCUGUCCAUCAGAGAGCAAGCAGGUGUCAGACGGACAAUGUGAGUGAUGCUGUCGGGCGAUUAUCUCAUCAGCUUUGUGAAUAAGGUUUCUCUCUGGUUGUAGCCUCAUCAGUUUUGUAUUUAUGAUCUCUUUAUGUUCGUUAUGGUUUCUUUUUUUCUGUUUUCAGUUUCUCCACUGAAAGAUGGAUCUUAAAGCACUUAAAACGCAAGCAAUUUAUAAGCCAUAUGAACAAGAAUACAUUUAGUCUUCCUGUAUGGUUUUCCGUUCAGUGAAUCUAUUGGUCUUAUAAACACUGAGAAUUCAUACAUGAAGACAAGUCUUGUGUUUUGGUGCUUUUGCAAGACCCAUAGUUGUUUCAAGUUUGGUAAACUUAGUUCUGAAACCUAAAUUGGAUUAUUGAUCCAUUUAUCAACCAUAAUAUCACCUGCAGUGAUGCUGAAGGUGUGUCAGCUUGUGGCUGCAAAUGAGUUAGACUGAGGCUGCAAGUCCAACUCUUCAUUUCUAACACUAACACUAAUAUUUUAGCCUCCGGGGAGGGGCGUUAUGAAUCAUCUCAAAUAUUUAUUCCUUAAGUUUUAUUUUCAAAGCACUUAAUUCCUUUGGUUUACUUGACACAAGGCCACAUCACAGGUUUUACCGUUUCCAGAUACAUCUUUAUCUAUGCAGAGAACUGAUUCACUCGUAGUACGGAUUUGUGGCAUAGCCCUCAACCUGUGACAGAUUACCAUAUUUGGCAUAUGCUAACAAUUAUGGCAUUAUGACAUCACAAUGCACUAUUUGCAUAACAGUAUCUAACUAACUGUGAUGUUUCAGAGUUUCCUUAGCGAUAAGUAUUAGCAGGUGUCAGACACGGAUCAAAGUUGUAGUGGGUGAACUCACUGAAGGAGUGAAGGAGCAUAUCUGCAGUAGCCGGUUCUCACUGCCUAUCUCUCCACACAGGGCAGACCACUAUCUACCAGAUACAUUCUACAGUUUACUGGCCA